AUGCCUGAAGGUACUAACAAAAAGCCAUUGCGCAUCUCCAUCGAUCGAGGAGGAACCUUCACCGAUUGUAUUUGCAAAGUGAUCAAUGGGGACGAUAUUUUGGUGAAGAUCUUGUCUGUCGAUCCAAAGAACUAUGGCGACGCGCCGACCGAGGCGAUUCGACGCGUUUUGGAGAUACACUACAAAACCGCAAUUCCACGAGGCUCGGAACUAGACCUUAAGGAUGUUGAAUGGAUUCGCAUGGGUACAACGGUUGCAACCAAUGCGCUACUCGAGCGCAAAGGCGAGCGCACAGCCCUCCUUGUAACCGAAGGCUUCAAAGACAUCUUGUAUAUUGGCAACCAAAGCCGACCGUACAUGUUCGAUCUCUCAAUUCGCCGAGCAAAGCCUAUUUAUUCGGAUGUAUUCGAAGUGAAAGAGCGCGUGACAGUUGGAGCAUGCAGUGAUUCAAAUCUCCGUACUGUGAAGCUGCCAUCUCCAGAACCAGUUGAGUCGAUCGUUGCUACUUCUGGUGAGGUUGUCCAAGUGCUCCAGCCUAUUGACUUGGCAAGCACUCGGGAUUAUUUGCAAGAUAUCUAUAACAAAGGUUUCCGCUCGUUGGCAGUGUGCCUUAUGCAUUCCUAUAUCUUCCCAGCCCAUGAGCUGCAGAUUGGAGAGUUGGCUUCGGAGAUUGGCUUCAAAUACAUCUCUCUUUCACAUCAAACGUCUCCACGACCAAAACUUGUCCCCCGUGGAAAUUCCACGGUGGUCGACGCUUACCUUACUCCGAAUAUCGAACAAUACCUGGGGCAAUUUUUAAAGAACUUUCCCAAUAUCGAUCGGUCCGGGACACGAUUGGAAUUCAUGCAGUCUGAUGGUGGAUUGGUACCCUCUUCAAAGCUCUCGGGACUGCACUCCAUUCUCUCUGGGCCAGCCGGAGGUGUUAUCGGAUUUUCACAAACAUCUUUCGACACACAAGAGCGGACCCCUGUGAUUGGAUUUGAUAUGGGAGGUACUAGCACCGACGUUAGUAGAUACAAUGGCGAACUUGAUCAUAUUUUUGAAACAACGACUGCCGGGAUUGCGAUUCAAGCUCCACAGCUCAAUGUGAAUACUAUCGCCGCCGGCGGAGGAAGCAUACUGGCUUGGAAAGAUGGUCUCAUGGCUGUUGGCCCCGAGAGUGCUACCUCCAACCCGGGACCAGCCUGUUACCGUAAAGGGGGCCCCUUGACUGUGACUGAUGCCAACCUAGCGCUGGGACGGCUGCUUCCAGAGGAGUUUCCCUCAGUCUUUGGUGUCAAUGAAGACGAACCAUUAGACAGAGAGAUUGUUCUAGCAAAGUUCGAGGAUCUCACACAAACCAUCAAUGCUGAGACAGGGAAAUCGUUGACUUGGGCCGAAGUUGCAGAUGGUUUCCUCCAGGUCGCCAACUCAGCAAUGUGCGGGCCCAUUCGAAGUUUGACCGAGGCCAAAGGUCAUGAUGUUGCAAAGCAUCACCUCGCGUCAUUUGGCGGCGCUGGAGGUCAACAUGCCUACGCUAUCGCCGAAGCCCUAGGUAUAAAGAGAGUCUUGAUCCACAAGUAUUCCUCUGUGCUCUCUGCCUAUGGAAUUGGUUUGGCGGAUCUUGUGCACGAGGAGGAGCGAGUAUGUGCAAAAGCCUUUGAUGACACUACGUCUCAAACGAUAUACCACGAUAUGGAACUCCUCGCGAAUAUUGUUCAAGACAAUGAUUCUAUGCAACCAUUCAACAAUGUUCAGAUCCGCCGUUUCCUGAAUAUGAGAUAUGAUGGCAGCGAGACUGCAAUCAUGAUUUCCCUGGAUACCUCCGAGGACCCCCGGGAAGACUUUAUCAAAGCCCACCAACAGCAGUUUGGAUUCACACCUACCAAUCGUGCUAUUUAUGUUGAUACUAUUCGCGCUCGAGCAAUUGGCUCCAGUGUAUUUUCCGAACUCUCGGCCACCACUUCGAAUCCCCAUCCUAAAAUGGUUUCUGGAUCAGUGGCUCCAGUACCUAAAUCUUGGAAAGCCACUUACUUCAAUCCAAUUGGAUGGGUCGAUACGCCCGUUUACCAUUUUGGGAACUUGACAGAUGGGAUUCAGAUCUCAGGACCGGCCAUCGUGAUUGACAAAACCCAGACAAUCUUGGUCAGCCCGCACUCAAAGGCGACCUUGACUCAUGAUAUACUCAUCCUGGAUGUGAGCUCCUCGGGCUCCAAACUAGCAAGCGCGGAUAUCAUCGACCCAGUCCAGCUUUCGAUCUUCCGUCAUCGGUUCAUGGGCGUCGCAGAGCAAAUGGGGCGCGUUCUACAAAAUGUCAGCAUCAGUGCCAAUAUCAAAGAGCGGUUGGAUUUUACGUGUGCGAUUUUCACACCUGAAGGAGACCUGGUCGCCAACGCACCCCAUGUACCCGCCAUGAUUGGAAGUAUGGCCUUUGCAGUCAGAUCUCAAAUUGCGGAGUGGCAGGAUAAGCUGCAGGAUGGUGAUGUUUUGCUUUCCAACACACCUGCAUUCGGAGGUGUCCACCUUCCCGAUCUCACAGUUAUUACACCUGUAUUUGACUCUGAUGGCAAGGAAAUAAUAUUCUGGGCUGCUUCUCGUGGUCACCAUGCCGACGUUGGUGGCAUACUUCCUGGCUCAAUGCCACCCUUGUCAAAGCUUCUAUCUGAAGAGGGUGCAGUCUUUGAUUCCUAUUUGCUGGUGCGCGCUGGCCAUUUCGACGAGGAAGAGCUCCACCGCAUGCUGUGCGUAGAGCCUGCUCGUUUCCCAGGUUCCAGUGGGUCCCGAUGUUUCCAGGAUAAUGUGACAGACCUGAAGGCACAGGUCGCUGCAAACCACUGUGGUAUCAGACUCGUUCGCCAGCUGAUCGUGGAAUAUUCCAUGGACGUGGUCCAGAUGUACAUGCGCGCAAUUCAAGACUCAGCCGAGCUCGCCGUGCGGAAUCUUCUGAAGCGUGUCUCUCAGAAUCACAACGGAGAAGAGAUAUCCGCGGUCGACUACAUGGACGACGGAACCCCGAUCAUGCUCAAAGUAACCAUUGAUCCAUCCGAUGGUUCCGCCAUCUUUGACUUCACAGGAACCGGUCCAGAGGUUUAUGGAAACUGGAAUGCCCCGAUUGCGAUUUGUAACUCGGCCGUCAUCUUCGCUUUGCGCUGUAUGGUCAACUCCGAUAUACCCCUCAAUCAGGGUUGCAUCAAACCGGUACAGCUCAUUAUCCCAGACGGGUCACUGUUGCGGCCGAGCUUCGAAGCCGCCGUGUGCGCAGGUAAUGUGUUGACGUCGCAGCGCAUCGUCGAUGUUAUUUUCAAGAGCUUCAAGAUUUGCGCCGCCAGUCAGGGGUGCAUGAAUAAUUUCACCUUCGGCAAUGACGGAGAAAAUGGAUUCGGGUACUAUGAAACCAUUGCUGGUGGCAGUGGCGGAGGCCCCAGUUGGGCUGGUAUAAGCGGCGUGCACACGAACAUGACCAACACGCGCAUCACCGACCCUGAAUCAUUAGAGCGUCGCUAUCCGGUUAUUCUCCGUCGAUUCUGUCUUCGCGAUGGGAGUGGUGGCGCUGGAAUGUAUCCCGGAGGAGAUGGUGUCAUCAGAGAUGUCGAGUUGCGACUACCGAUGUCUGUAUCCAUUCUUUCUGAGCGCCGCAGCUUCGCGCCUUACGGUAUGGCAGGCGGCAUGGAUGGCAAGCGCGGGAAGAACACGUGGAUCACCAAAGCUGGCCGGCAUAUCUCUGUUGGUGGCAAGAACUCAAUCCGUGUUCAGCCUGGGGAUAGGUUCGUCAUCGAGACUCCUGGUGGUGGUGGGUAUGGAGCUCCUGGGGAGACGGAUACGUCCACAAUCGAUCAGUCAACGAUCAUGCCGUCGUUUGUUCCUAUCGCCAAUGGCAGUGUGGCUGCGCAUCGGAGCUUGGCAGAAGAAGUGUAG